AGAGUUCUCGAUCAUUAGUUUGUGUAUAUUUGACAUGUGAGGAUGGGCCAGCUGGUCAGUGAAUGAAGAGUAGCCGCUCGGCAGUGUCUAGACGGAGUGACAGAUGGAAGCACGAUCUCAGCCCCCGACGCCUGACCAACCCAAAGAUAAAGGGCUAGUUGUGGAACUACUGCAAACUCUAAAACUCUUCUUCGGUGCAAUUUUCGUUGGCAUUUGGCGCUUUUUUGUGCCUCCCCCGAGGAAAUCAGUUUUCGGGGAAAUCGUUUUGAUCACUGGCGCAGGGUCCGGCAUAGGACGUCAGUUGGCCAGGGAAUUUGCCAAACUCGGGGCAGAGUUAGUUUUGUGGGAUAUAAACGAAACGUCAAACGCGGAAACAGCGAGACAACUGCGGGAAGAAUUCCAUGCCAAGUGCUCUCCUUACACUGUGGAUGUUGGAGACAAGUCACAAAUUGAGAGGACAGCCCAGAGGGUGAAAACUGAAGUGGGAGAAGUGAAUAUAUUGAUUAACAAUGCUGGGGUUGUCUCCGGGAAGAAGUUCAUAAACACCCCUGAUGUUCUGGUGGAGAGAACCUUUGAUGUCAAUCUACUGGCCCACUUCUGGACAGUGAAAUGUUUUCUUCCAUCAAUGCUGAAAAACAACCAUGGUCAUAUUGUCAACAUCGCCAGUUCCACAGGUUUAGUGGGAUUGAACAGACUUACAGACUAUAGUGCCUCUAAGUUUGGAGUGGUAGGCUUCACUGAGGUGCUGAAUUAUGAAAUCAUAUUCUCUGGAUACAGAGGCGUCCAUACCACGCUAGUGUGUUCAUCUUACGUUAAAACAGGCAUGUUUGCUGGGUGUAAAAUGAGAUUUCCAUGGUUACUGCCAGCCCUGGAGGUGGAGAACACGACCAAUCGAAUAAUGCAGGGGAUACUGACCAAUCAAUACAUUAUUUGUAUACCAAGGCUUGUCUAUUUUUUGUCCUACCUUAAGGUGAUCCUUCCAGUGGAUGCUUUUUUAGAGGUUGUCAAAUUUUUUGGUGCUGCCACAUUUAUGGACACUUAUGUUGGAAAAGAGGCAAAUGCCUUAAUUCAUCAGAAUGGAUCAUCAAAUUGAAACUUCAGUAUUUUGAGUAAUGAACCUAGCAUUCUUCAAAAAUUUAAAUGGGUUUUAUGUAACACAGUUACCUGUUUCAGGUUCCAGUCUAGAAGAACCAUAUAUUCUAAUACAUGUACAUGAUGUAUUUAUGAUGUAUUAUCAAAUAACAGUGUCUGGGUUUUAUACCAGCUUAAGGGUAUUUAUUGUAUUUUACAACUGAAGAAUUUUUACUUCAUUAAAGAACACAUAAUCUUUAUUUAAAAUGCAAAACUCUAUAGCAUUAAUGGUGUUUGUUCAGUUUUUUUGUAAAUGUUUAUUUUUUGAACAGGUGUAUUUAUUUAUUCCAUUUAUCAACUUUGAUUUAGCUCUGAUUUACACAAAGUUGUUGAGAAAGGUCAGUGAUAUUCAUUACUAUAAGCUUUAAAAUUGUUUUUUUUUUUUAUUUAGUUAAUAAUUGUUUGUUGUUGUCACGUUACUUGUUACCUUAAAUUGUUCCAUGAAAUACUUUUUUUGUAUUUGAAUAAUAUGUAAAUGUAUAUUUGCAAACUUAAAAUAAAAAAUGAGAAAUAAAAAUAAA